AUGUCGUAUACCGAAGAGCAACUAGACCGCUACUUCCAGCACAUCAACUACCCCCGGGAGAAACAUGCGCCAGACCGGCUGCAACUCCUCACGGAACUCCAGGCUCACCAGCUUGCGAGGGUCCCCUUUGAGAGUCUGACGCUGCACUACUCGAAGCACCGACACAUUUCUCUGGAUCUGGAAGAUCUCUUCGUCAAGGUCGUCGUGCAGGGCAAGGGCGGCUACUGCAUGGAGCUUAAUGCCCUCUUCGGCGCCGUCCUCAAAGGCCUCGGUUUCAAACUCACCAGCGUCGGCGGCAAGAUCAAGGGAGACGAACGCUUCGGGGGAUGGUCCCACAUGCUGAACCUCGUCACCGUCGACGGCCAGCGCUACAUGGUCGACGUCGGCUUCGGAAAGGGCGCGGCCAUGGUCCCCGUGCCCCUCCGCAGGGAUUCCAGCCCCGAGUUCACCACCAUCGCGCCCCUGCGCGGCAGGCUCGUCUACGAGAGGCUCGAGCAGAACACCGACGCCGCCCAGCGCAUGUGGGUGUACUACUCCACCGACAGCGCCGACGGGCCCUUCCGGCAGCGCAACUGCUUCACCGAGCAGGAGUUCUUCCCCGAGGACUUCGAGGUCAUGAACUGGGCCGUCAUGUCGCGGCCCACGAGCUACUUCGUCAAGACCGUCCUCUGCAUGCGCACGAUCCUGAACCCGGACACCAUGAGGGCCGAGGGCACCGUCGUGCUGCACAAGGACGAGGUGAAGCGGAAGAUCGGCGACAGGGUGGAGGUCCUCGAGACCCUGAAGAACGAGGCGGAUCGGGUCAGAGCCAUCGAGAAGUAUUUCUUCAUCGCGUUGACGCCGGCCGAGCAAAAGGCCAUCAGGGGCAUGCCUCAAGAGCUGUUGGAAACGAAGUGA